AUGGUUGUAAAAGUUGCUUUUCUGAAUGGUGAUUUAGUUGAAGAGGUGUACAUGAAGCAACCUGAAGGUAUCAAAGUGAGAAAAAAUAGUGGGGGUUAUCCAUUGAGUCAGUCUCAUUAUGUUGAGAAGAUGCUUAAGAAAUUUGAUCAUUUGAAUUUCAAAGAAGCAAAUACUCCUUAUGAUACAUCAUGUAAGCUUAGUGUGAACAGUGGAAGAGUUGUAGCUCAGCUAGAGUAUGCUAAUGCAAUUGGUAGUUUGAUGUAUGGUACUCAUUUUACAAGACCCGAUAUUGCAUUAUUUGAAGUUUGCAAGCUUUCAAGGUCUACUAGCAAUCCCAGUACAAAACAUUGGCAAGCAAUUGGAAGAGUUUUUGGUUAUUUGAAAAGAACCAAAAGUUAUGCUUUACACUUUGGAAACUUUACAGCUGUACAUAAAGGAUAUAAAGAUGCUAGUUGGAUAUCUAGUGAUGGGGAUAAUAAAUCCACAAGUGGUUGA